AUGCCGGCGGCCAAACGUAGCAACUAUUAUCCGCCAGAAACGGUGCUAAUUUGCCGUUUGUAUUGCGAGCACACCCACGACUCUGUGGUGGGUGUCGACCAAAAAGGGGCGAAGUUUUGGGGCGCCCUCUGCACCCAAUACAACGCUGAAAAGCCCCGAGCAUCUAUUUCACGCGACGUCACGCAAAUCAAAUCUCACUUUCAACAGGUGGCGAAGGAUUCGAAGAGGUUUGAGGCCAUGCACAAAAAAUGUCACGAUGAAUGGAAAUCAGGCAUGAGUGAUGGUCAAAUCCUGGAGCAAGCAGAGGCAAUGUGGCUAGCCGAGUACCGUGUUUCGUUCCGGUAUUCGCAUGCAUGGAAGAUCUUGCGCGAGUCCCAAGAAAUUUGCAAGUCUCAGCGAGGAUGUUCACUCCGAUGUCCAUUCGGACAAACGAUCAAAGGGGUCCGACGGUCUUCCCACAACGACUUCUAG